GCGCAACAAACGUUUAAAAAAUACCCUUAAACCCCAGGGCCGCGGGUCUACUCAAAGAGACAAAGGGUUUUCGAGAAAGAAAAUUUUAUCCAUGGCGACAGCCCAUUUCUUGAGCUGUUGCACUCAUUCCCAAUCGGGCAAUUUGAUGUCUCUCAAGCUCAAUUCUCCUUAUGCCGGCGUCUCCAAGGGUUUGCCGUCAGUGGUGAAAAAUCGGGGGUAUAUUUUGAACUUAAGACCUUAUAAGGCAUCUAUUGCUGCAAAGCCAAGAAUAUUUCGUGUAAUGAGCAUGGCUGCAGGGCAAUCGGACGAAAGUCGGAGUUUAAACUUGGACAACAUAGUGAAAAAGGCUAGAGAGCUGUGGGAUAGUUCUCCUCAGCCUGUCAAAAUCUUCCCUUGGAAUAGUGUAUUGGAUAACUUUGUUCAGCUUAUUUUUGACCUUGCCUUGGCUGUUUUCAAAUGCUUAUAUGUGCCAGUACUUAUAGUUUCCUCAGCCAGCGAGUUGUCUUAUUGUGCACACGAACGAAAGAGUUAUCUUAUCCCAUUUCCAUUUAUAGUUGGUGCUUCCAUAGCUGGGAUCUUGAACUCUGCAGCUUUAGAAUCAUCCUUGACUCUCAAGCAUGCUGAAGUUCCUUGGCAUUUGAUUGCCAUUGCAAUUUUAUUCACACUGCUGAAAUUGCCGGGACCAUAUUAUCCAUACUGGGGCCGUAUUUUAAUUCCACACUUUGCAAAUGGAGCAUUGUAUAGGACCAUGUGGUUUUUGUUUUUGUGGUACAGAAGGCCCAGGAAGUCAUCAGAAGAAGUCAUACCUGAAUCUGUACCCACGCCUUCUGAGUAGAACAUGCUUUAGCUUUGGGUUGCAGAGGAUAUGCACUGGGUGCAAUGCAUUAUCACUGAGCCUACUAUGUUGAGGCAUCUAACCAUCGGCCCAAUGCAUUAUCACUAAGUCAACUUGGAAUUAUCUUGGCGCAAAUAACAGACAGUUGCAGUUUAUGUUGAGGCAUAUAAUCAUUGAGUUUGUUAUGUAUCACUUUAGUUGAUCAGGCCUUGGGAGAUGCUACAUGAGAAAAUAUUUUUUGUUUCCUUGUUAGUCGUAGCCCUUUAUUACAAAUUUUGUUUUGUAGCAAAAAUAUAUGAACAAAGUUCAUUUUCUCAGUUCAGUUUUAAUGUGAAAUUCUCAAGCAUUUA